AUGGGACUGGGCUGGGCAUAUUGCCAGAAGAACGAUAGAUGGACCAAGCUAAUACUAGAAUGGCGGCCAAGACAAGAUGCUCUCAGAAACAGAGGCAGACCUCCGACAAGAUGGUCAGAUGACUUGAAGAGAUUUAGGGGAGACUGGACCCAAGUGGCACAGGACCGAGAAGAGUGGAAGGAUUUGAGGGAGGCCUACGUCCAGCAAUAUAACCUAAAAGUAGUUCAAGUUUACGCUCCAACAACAGAACAUACUGACGAGGAGAUUCAGACUUUUUAUGAUGAUUUAUGUACAGCUAUCUCAAAUAACCAUACACAUUUCACUGUCGUAUGCGGUGACUUUAAUGCCAAAUUGGGAACGAAAUUAGAUCCAUCAGAAACUGCCUUAGGCAAUUUUGGAAGCCCAGGACGAAACGAUCGUGGUGACACUCUUUUAAAUUUCCUAUUAGAGAAAAACUUGUUUCAAAUGAACAGUUUCUUCCAGAAGAAACCCCACCGCAGAUGGACAUGGAAAAGCCCAGAUGGCAGAACGAAAAACGAAAUCGAUUACUUUAUCACUGACAAAAGGUACAUAUUUAGAGAUGUAACGGUCCUUAAUAAAUUUGCAAAAUCAAGCGAGGUCCAUCAAGCAGACCAUCGAAUGGUGAGAGCCACAAUUAUAGUAAACACCAAUUACGAACGGCACAAAAUGAUAAGGAAAAAACAAAGUAAGACAUGGACACACCCGAGAAGUAUACAGGAAUUCGGAAACCACAUCACUCAAACCCUUCAACACAUAUCACCACCAAACGAUUUUAAUAUCCUAAAUGAUAUAAUAGUAGAAGCAAUAACGGAAGCCCAAAAGAAAUGUUGCCCAACAAAUCUGAAGGAGGAAAAGAUCAGUUUGGAAACACAACGCAAAAUGGAGCAAAGAAGGAAAUUGAAAAGCGACGAACACGCCAGUCAAGGUGAUUUGAAUAAACUAAAUAAGGAAAUAUCAAGAGAAAUCAGAAAAGACAUAAGAAAGCACAGAAACGAAAAAAUAAUUAAAACUAUCGAGGAUAAUAAGAGCAUGAAAAUAAUGAGACGCAAGCUCACUAAUGGAAAAAAAGAAAUCGUCAAACUCAAGGACAAAAAUGGUAAUAUAACAUCUAAUAGAGAACAUUUAUUACAGAUUGUGGAAACACUCUAUGAAACACUAUACACCAACCACUCUACUCUAGACUCGAGGAAGUACCUACAAGGAAAGGUUCAAAAUCAGGGUUCUGAGGAUGUUCCGGAAAUCUCUGUAAGUGAAAUUUACAAUGCUCUAAAAAAUAUGAAGAACAAUAAAGCUCCGGGGGAUGAUGGUGUCGUCACAGAAGCGAUAAAGAUGGGAGGAACAGUAUUAAUGACCAAUAUUCAACGGCUGUUCAAUAUCUGUCUGGAAAAUCAAAAUAUCCCUACAAAGUGGAAUAACUCAAUAAUUAUCCUCUCACAUAAAAAAGGAGACAUAGCAGACCUGGAAAAUUACAUACCAAUUAGCCUUCUUAACCAUCUUUAUAAACUAUAUACCCGAAUUAUAACAAUUAGACUAGAGGCAAAAUUGGACUUCUACCAACCUAAAGAGCAAGCUGGUUUCCGUUCCGAAUUUGGUACCAACGAUCAUCUGCAGUGUUUAAAAACCUUAAUAGAAAAAACCAUCGAAUACAAUCGUCCCCUAGCACUGAUAUUUGUCGAUUUUAAAAAAGCGUUCGAUACGGUAGAAUUACCGGCCAUCCUAACAGCGCUACAAGAAUGUAGAAUCGACCUCGAUAUUGUAACAUAA